AUGGCUGCCACUCUAAAGGCGGGCUUUUUCCUCCAGAGUAAAUCCGGCUGCCAUUCACUUCAAAGAAUCAAGCCUUUCAGAUUUAAGCCUCCCAUGGCCACUCUCGCCGCUGUCCCUGCUGUUGGACUCUCUGACACUUUUUCCAAAUUGAAACGACAAGGCAAAGUGGCAUUCAUCCCGUAUAUAACGGCUGGCGAUCCUGACCUUUCGACUACAGCUCAAGCGCUGAAGGUCCUUGAUUCAUGUGGCUCAGACAUUAUAGAAAUAGGGGUGCCUUACUCUGACCCAUUGGCUGACGGUCCCGUUAUACAGGCAGCUGCUACACGUUCGCUAGCUAGAGGAACUAACUUCGAUAAAAUUAUUGCAAUGUUGAAGGACGUAAUACCUCAAUUAUCUUGUCCGAUUGCACUGUUCUCAUAUUAUAACCCAAUUCUUAAGCGUGGCGUACAAACAUUCAUGACCACUUUGAAGGAUGUCGGGAUACAUGGUCUUGUCGUACCAGAUGUCCCUCUGGAGGAGACGGAGAUACUGAGAAAGGAAGCUGUUAAUAACAAUGUGGAAUUGGUGCUGCUCACAACACCCACAACUCCUAUACCGCGAAUGAAAGCCAUUGUUGAAGCCUCAGAAGGAUUUGUCUACCUUGUGAGCUCAGUUGGAGUUACGGGAGCUCGUACAUCUGUCAGUGAUAAGGUCCAAUCUCUCUUACAUGAAAUUAAAGAGGCGACGAGCAAGCCAGUAGCAGUUGGUUUUGGUAUAUCAAAACCCGAGCAUGUGAAACAGGUAGCCAGAUGGGGUGCAGAUGGUGUGAUCGUUGGUAGUGCGAUGGUAAAAGUACUCGCGGAAGCAAAAUCUCCUGAAGAAGGCUUGAAAGAAUUGGAAAACUUCACCAAAUCCUUGAAGGUUGCUCUGUUGUGA